UCAUAGAGACAACUGUAAAGAUGCUGCUGUCAUCUGUGUAUUAUGAGGAAUGUGAUUUUCUGCUGGAUCUGUACUCACAUGUGAAGGACUAUGAGAGUCAAACAGGCACGAGUGUCCUACCAGCAUUACAGUCAAUUUAUCAGUCAUCUCCUGCAGUCUGGAUCAUAGACCUUUCAGAGAGAAAGACCUCCAUCCUCCUAGAAGUGCUGAAACUCCAAACAGAGAAGAAACCAGUAGAGCUGAAAGGCUGCACAGAUGAUGAGAGUGAAGUGAGAGGAUUCAUUCAGUGUCUGCCAUACAUCUCACAACUGAGAUUUUGCAAAGAUUCCUUGAAAAAAGAUAAAGAGAAAAAGUCAUUAUUCCAGUUUCUGAUGAAUCUGAGUGUUGCAGCAUCAGAGUUUGACACAAAUACAGAGAAGAAAUACACUGAACUCUUAACAUCUGUGUGCAACUACACAACUUUCCCCUAUGAUGAUGAUGAUGAUUUUGAUUAUCAGUAUGAGCAAUGUGAUUUUCUGCUGGAUCUGUACUCACAUGUGAAGGACUAUGAGAGUCAAACAGGCAGGAGUGUCCUACCAGCAUUACAGUCAAUUUAUCAGUCAUCUCCUGCAGUCUGGACCAUAAACCUCUCAGAGAGAAAGACCUCCAUCCUCCUAGAAGUGCUGAAACUCCAAACAGAGAAGAAACCAGUAGAGCUGAUAGACUGGACAGAUGAUGAGAGUGAAGUGAGAGGAUUCAUCCAGUGUCUGCCAUACAUCUCACAACUGAGGUAA